GAUAGGGGACAGUGUGUGACAACGUGCUUACACACUGUCAUGGACACCUUCAAGGCUUGGUACUACGACUCCUUCCUCAAGAGCCUUGAACCUCCUCUGAAAGAUCCAGAGUGGGUCACUCUCGAUAACUGCACAUUGGACGAACUUCCAGGCUUCGAGAAAAAACUUCGAGGCUUUGUGCGAUAUUUGGAGCGCCAGAUCCACUCCCCUCACACCAGCGCAAGGCAGAAGGCUCAUGCCGAAAUGCAGUGUAAACAAUACAGGGGUGAACUUGUUCAGAUUGCGGAGGCGCUGCUCAAGAAGCAAAACGUUGAUCCAUCGAAGAAACGAGAUUAG